AUGAGUGCAGCACCUGUUACAGAGUAUACGGCAGUGGCCACAAAUGUUGCUCCACCAGGUCACAUAGUUACAACGACAACGACAAGGACAACAACAGCGAGUGCAAAUGCUCCGAAACUUACAUUUCCAAUUAUAUUACUUCUAUUACAAGUAAUAUUCAUUAUUUUAUUUGCUUUGCAUUCGGAUUAUGGUCAUGAACCCAAAACGUUAACCGAACAUGAACUAUUUUCUAAAGUAAAUACUCUGAUAAUAGCAUCGAGACAUCGAGGAUCAGUUCAAUAUCCAAAUGGAACUUUUGAUCCAAAUAUUAUCGUCAUUUCUGAACCACAUCGUGGUAUCAAUGAUUUAUAUUCAAUGUUUCAAGAUAUUCAUAUAAUGAUAUUUAUCGGUUUCGGUUUCUUGAUGACUUUUUUGAAACGUUAUGGCUAUAGUGCUGUUGGCUAUAAUUUUUUAAUUGCUGCAUUUGUUCUUGAAUGGGCAUUGCUCAUUCGCGGUUAUAUGUUUGAUUUUGAUUUUGACACAAAAAAAUUUCCAAUUGAUGUUGAACGAAUAAUUGUGGCAGAUUUUGUUGCUGCUGCUAUUUUAAUAUCAUUUGGUGCUCUAUUAGGAAAAACAACUCCAACACAAUUAAUUAUAAUGUGUCUAAUUGAGGUUGUUUUACAAAGUGUAAAUGAAUGGAUUGGUUUAAGACGAUUUUGUGCAUUUGAUAUUGGUGAAUCGAUGUUUGUUCAUGUAUUCGGUGCAUAUUUUGGUAUAGCUGUUAGUAUUAUGUUGUAUGAUCGAGCAUUAACAACUAAUACACACGUUGAAGAAAAAGAAAAACCAGUUUAUCAUUCGGAUUUAUUUUCAAUGGUUGGUACAUUGUUUUUAUUUUGUUUUUGGCCAAGUUUUAAUGCUGGAGUCGCGGCGGCCGGUGAUGCGAGAUUACGUGCAGUUGUCAACACGUAUAUUAGUAUAUCAGCUAGUGUAUUAUUAACGUACAUAUUGUCAUCAGUAUUGGGAAAGGGGAAAUUUGAAAUGGUACAUAUUCAAAAUGCGACGUUAGCUGGUGGUGUUGCUGUUGGAACAGUUGCUGAUAAAAUUAUUCGUCCGGCAGGUGCGUUAUUAGUUGGAUCAUUAGCUGGCAGUUUAUCGACUGUUGGUUUCAAGAUAAUAUUACCCAUAUUAAAAAAAUUAAAAAUACACGACACCUGUGGCGUUAAUAAUCUGCAUGGUAUGCCCGGUAUAUUAGCAGCAGUUGUCGGAAUUAUUCUUGCAUCGAUGCCGAAUUAUUCUCUCUAUAACGAUAAUUUAGCACGUUCCUGUUUUCAUGGAGUUAGUCGUACACCGUUACAGCAAGUGGGAUAUCAAGCAGCCACACUCGGUGUCACUUUAUUGAUUGCAAUUGGUGGUGGAUUAAUUACAGGAUUUAUUUUACGUUUACCAAUAUUUAAUAAGAAAGAUGUGUUAACUUAUUAUGAUGAUGAUACAUAUUGGGAUACACCGGCAGAUUUUCAUUAUAUUGAUAGACAAGAAAAGGAUCGAUUAAUCGUACUUGAACGAGACGUUUUACAUGCUUAA